ACAAAACAAACCACCGCCAGAGGGCGUAAUUGGUGCUGGAAUGAGUUUAAUUUUGUAAAUCCCCGCCGGAAGUGCGUUACCGCGGCGUCUAGCUUAGCGGUCUAUGAUUAAAUGCUAGUUUCUGUGUAAUGAUUUCAGCUCCGAGUUGCGUUUUGAAACUGUAUAAUGCGGCGGUACAUGCGUGCACUGAUGCUGUGCAUGGUGUUUGCCGUGUUUUCGGGCUUGUAUGUUUACAGCAGGCUCUUUUACUCGGACGUGGCCGCCAGAAGAAACGGAGCAAAGAAGAUUCUCAUCCCACUGAGAGCGUCUGGAGCCAGGCGAGGGGUCACGGAUAAAAACGCACUCUCGAUCAAUUGGUACAUCAUGCGUCAGCAGGCUCAGCAGGAGGCUGCUGGUACCAGGCCUGAGCCUCCCAUGCACUUGGCUGUGGUGGCCUGCGGGGAGAGGCUGGAGGAGACGCUCACCAUGAUUAAGUCUGCUGUGCUCUUCAGCGUCAAGCGCCUCCAUCUGCACAUCUUUGCAGACGAUCAGCUUCACGCCGGCUUCAUUGAAGCUUUGGAGUCGUGGCCUGGUUUUAUUCGCUACAGGUUCAGCUACAGAGUCUACUCCAUCAGGUUCCCCAAUGAGAAUGCAGCGGAGUGGAAGAAACUCUUCAAACCCUGCGCUUCACAGCGACUCUUCUUACCUCUCAUCUUAGAGGACGUUGACUCUAUUGUGUAUGUGGACUCAGACAUCCUCUUCCUGCAGCCGGUGGACCUCUUGUGGAGGUUCCUGUCUGACUUUAAUUCUUCUCAGCUGGCUGCUAUGGCUCCAGAGCACGAGGAGCCCCGCAUCGCCUGGUACAAUCGCUUUGCCCGUCACCCGUUCUACGGCAGGACGGGCAUCAACUCAGGGGUCAUGCUCAUGAAUCUGACACGUAUGAGGAGCAUGUUCUUUAAGAAUGACAUGACAUCAGUGGGGCUGCGCUGGGAAGAGCUCCUGAUGCCUCUACUCCAGAAAUAUAAACUGAACAUAACAUGGGGAGACCAGGACCUACUAAAUAUCAUUUUCCACUAUAACCCUGAGUCCUUGCUGGAGUUUCCGUGCCAGUGGAACUAUCGCCCGGAUCACUGCAUCUAUGGCAGCAACUGUGCCUCAGCUGAGGAGGAUGGCAUCUACAUACUCCAUGGAAACAGAGGAGUUUACCACGACUACAAACAGCCUACUUUCAGGGCUGUUUACGAAGCCAUAAAAAAGUACAUUUUCGGCACAGACCCUGUGACGUCUUUGGUGGAGCCUUUAGAAGAGGAACUGUUAAAAACGACACACACUUAUUGUGGUAAAUCACACUCACUCUUUACGAAGAGACUGAGGAACAGUGUGGCAAAGAUCAACAGGAAAACUCGGGAGCGGUGACGAACCUGAAGGACAAUGACGGGACACGGACUCUAAUGAGUGAAACUUUGUCAUCAGCUGCUUCAGUUGAGGCAGCUGGGCUAGUCUUAGACUGAGACUAAUGACUGCUCAGCUCUUGUAAACCACCAAGAGUGACGCAAAAGCUCUAAAAUGGACUACAAUGUAGAACAGGCCAGACGGGCUUGUAACAAAGCUCUGAUCUUGGCCGCAGAUUGAAACAAGGACUUCGCUUUUUUUUUUUCCUUUCAUGAAUUUUUAAAAUUGAGAACAGAAGAUUUUUUUUUUUUAUUCCAUAUUGGAGAAUUUAUUUUGAACCUUGUGAGCCACAAGAGAAAAUAAUCUCAUCAAAACUGGACAAAAAGGCUUUCUGCAGCGCUCAGUUGGAGAGGCACAUGCACUGGACCACUUUUCUUUUUUUUUGUUCAGCUUCCAGAAACCACUCAGCAGUUAUUUAUGAGAAAGGACCAUGGAAAAAAAAUAAAUGCGUACAAUGUACUGAAAGCGUGUGUCAGUAUACACAUGAUGGAAAUGUGAGUUUAAAAAUGGGGUGAAAUAGCUGUCUAAAUAUAUAUUAGCAUAUAGUUGUGCUGAAAUAAUUCUGGUGACUGUGCAAAUAAGCUGUGAGCUCUUUCCUGAUGCCAAAGUAUUUGUUUGUUUGUUUUAAAUAGU